GGACUCCAAGCAGCUCUUGCAGGCCUGGUUCAGCUGAACCGCAGGCGGUUCCGCAUGCGGUUCCAGCGGAGGAUUUGACCGGUGGACCUUGAAAGAGCUGGAUGUCCCACAGGAGGGAUUGGAAAGGUUGAUAGUUUUCUUUCCAGGACUAUGGAUGGAAGGGUUGACACUCGGUGUUGCUCAAAAAGCCAGUGGAAGCCCAUUCCCUCAGCUUUUGGCUUGAAUAGGGGAAGCUUUAGCACAGUGCUCAAGCCCAUGGCGCAAGUGUGGAAGCGAUGCAUCCACACAGUGAAGAGUGGAAGAACCACAGGGGAGAAGAAGUGGGUCUUCAUAUCUCCAGAAGGCGAGAAGAUUUGGACAUUCAAGAAGGCCCUACAUAAAGGUAUGCCUCUUCAACUGCAUGUGAAGAGCAAGGCCUCUUCGUCUGAGGCCAUGGAAGAGGUCGCAGGAGAGUGCAAAAGAACAUGGAAGCGAUGCAUCCACACAGUGAAGAGCGGAAGAACCAAAGGAAAGAAGAGGUGGGUCUUCAUAUCGCCUGAGGGGCGCAAAAUGCCCCUAUGGGACGCGCGCUACCGGAGAUCGUUUCCGGCAGAGCUUUUCCCAAUGUGCAAUGUGCAGGAUGCAGAUGUGACAGCAUGGUGAUUUGAUUGUGAUUCCAUGCAUCGACGAUGCGGCACGACUGGCUGGGAAGAUGCCAUCUAUUGCAUCGUCUUGGCGGAAGGUGCCAACCAAGGAGCCUUCAUGGAGUGUGGAAAUUGCUAUUGUGGCCAUGGAAGGGGAGAGCAUUUCGCAAUGCCCUGGGGAAAAGGUGUGCGCAAUAUGUGAAGCAUGUUUUGGCUACCCUUGCAGCCCUGAGAGAGGUUGCUCCAUGUGUUCGGACAACGGACAGUUUUUCAAGCCCAGAUCCAACCAGGUCACCC